AUGAAGGGCUACCAUGGGGAGCGUAGCCAGGCACAGCACUCCUCCGGCCACCGCUGCCGCUGCAUCCCAGAGGACUGCGAGCAUCCCGCGGACUACGUCGCGCACGGCCCCGAGGGCCGGCAGCCGUACCUCCUCAGCCCCAGCGAGCCGUGUUCCCUGGAGCAUCCCUUCUGCCCGGCGCGGAGCCCCGGCGCGGCCGGCGAGUGCCCGGGCGGGCCCCUGAGCGAGCCGCCCUCCGGCAGCGCCAGCAGCACCUUCCCGAGGAUGCACCACGCGCAGCAGCAGCCCUACGACUCCUGCGACGAAUGCAUGGCGACCGCCCACCCUGCCAGCAAGAUCAACCGCCUGCCGCCGACGCUGCUGGACCAGUUCGAGAAGCAGCUGCCGCUGCACCACGACGGCUUCCACACGCUGCAGUACCCGCGGGCCGGCGGCGCCGAGCCGCGCAGCGAGAGCCCCAGCCGCAUCCGCCACCUCGUCCACUCCGUCCAGAAGCUCUUCGCCAAGUCGCACUCCCUGGAGGCGCCGGCCAAGCGGGACUACAACGGCACCAAGAUGGACGGCCGCGGGGACGGCUACCACCACCACCACCACCACCACCACCACCACCACCACCAGUCCCGCCACGGCAAGCGCAGCAAGAGCAAGGACCGCAAGGUGGACUCCCGGCACCGGUCCAAGAUGAUGGGCUGGUGGAGCUCCGACGACAACCUGGACAGCGACAGCAGCUACAUGGUGUCCGGCCGGCACGCCGUGGACCAGGGCACCCAGUACUGCGUGGACGCUCCCGAAAGUGCCUUCAGAGACUUGACCUUGAAGAGUCUAAAGAGCGGUGGGGAAGGAAAAUGCCUGGCCUGCGCCGGCAUGUCCAUGUCUCUGGACGGCCAGACGCUCAAGAGGAGUGCCUGGCACACCAUGACUGUCAGCCAAGCCCGCGAAGCCUACCCCAGCGCCGGCGGCACAGAGACCUUGAUGCUUCAGGAGGCAAAGGCCAAAGACAGAGCCUACCAGUACCUGCAGGUGCCGCAGGAUGAGUGGAGCGGGUACCCGGCGGUGGGCAAGGACGGGGAGAUCCCCUGCCGGCGGAUGCGCAGCGGCAGCUACAUCAAGGCCAUGGGCGACGAGGACAGCGCCGACUCAGACACCAGCGCCAAAAUAUCGCCCCGGGCGGCCACGCGGCGGGACAGCUACCGCCGCUCCUCCAGCGCCGACCAGGCCAGGAGCAAGUUUGCAAGUAGGCACUAUUCUGAUUCAUAUAUCUGUAACUGUCCCAGCUGCGGCACGCCACCUCGAAUGCUCCCUCGGGGACAGGGCUAUGGGCGCUCCUUCACCACCGGCCAGAUCAACGACGAGCUCAACCACCAGUUCGAGGCUGUGUGCGAGUCCGUUUUCGGCGAGGUGGAGUCGCAGGCGGUGGAGGCGCUGGAUCUGCCCGGCUGCUUCCGCAUGCGGAGCCACAGCUACCUGCGGGCCAUCCAGGCGGGCUGCUCCCAGGACGACGACUGCCUCUCGCUCUUCUCCAUGUCGGCCCCCCCCGGGCCACCCAUCACCAGCAGCAUCCUGAAGCCCAGCACCUCUUUCAGUUACAGAAAAGCUCCACCUCCCAUCCCUCCAGGAACCAAAGCCAAGCCCCUCAUCUCCGUCACGGCGCAGAGCAGCACCGAGUCUGCCCACGAGAGCUACCUGCCCGGCGAGGUCGCCCGCAGCCCCGCCUGGUCCAAAGACGCCGCGGCCCGCUGCAACUCGGCCGAGAGCCUGGAGAGCUCCAAGGUGACGGCCGUGUCCCUCGACCUGCCGCCCGUCCAGCCCCGCGCCGCCCCCAAGCCCUCCACGCUCAUCAUCAAGGCCAUCCCCGGCCGGGAGGAGCUGCGGAGCUUGGCUCGGCAGAGGAAAUGGCGUCCCUCCAUCGGCGUCCAGGUUGAGGCCAUCUCCGACUCGGACACGGAGAGCCGGAGCCAGAGGGAAUUCCACUCCAUCGGGGUGCAGGUGGAGGAAGACAAAAGGCGAGCUCGCUUCAAGCGCUCCAACAGCGUGACGGCGGGCGUGCAGGCGGACCUGGAGCUGGAGGGCUUCGCCGGCCUGGCCGUGGCCACCGAGGACAAAGCCCUGCAGUUCGGGCGCCCCUUCCAGCGGCACUCCUCGGAGCCCGAGUCCGGCCGGCAGUAUGCAGUGUACAAGACGGUGCACACGCAAGGCCAGUGGGCGUACCGGGAGGACUACCAGAUGCAGUACGACACGGUGGAGGUGCCCCGCCGCGACGCCUGGGUGGAGCGGGGCUCCCGUAGCCUCCCCGACUCCGGCCGUGCCUCCCCGUGCCACCGCGACGGCGAGUGGUUCAUCAAACUGCUGCAGGCGGAGGUGGAGAAGAUGGAGGGCUGGUGCCAGCAGAUGGAGCGGGAGGCCGAGGACUACGACCUGCCGGAGGAGAUCCUGGAGAAGAUCCGGAGCGCCGUGGGCAGCGCCCAGCUCCUCAUGUCCCAGAAGGUGCAGCAGUUUUACCGACUCUGCCAGCAGAACAUGGAUCCCAAUGCCUUCCCAGUGCCCACCUUCCAAGACCUGGCUGGCUUCUGGGACCUGCUGCAGCUCUCCAUCGAGGACGUCAGCAUGAAGUUCGCGGAGCUCCAGCAGCUCAAGGCCAACGGGUGGAAGAUCAUCGAGCCCAAGGAGGAGAAGAAGGUGCCUCCCCCGAUACCAAAGAAGCCGCCGCGCUCCAAGGUGCACCCGGUGAAGGAGCGCUCCCUGGACUCGGUGGACCGGCAGCGGCAGGAGGCUCGCAAGCGGCUCCUGGCAGCCAAGCGCGCCGCCUCCUUCCGCCAGAACUCGGCCACCGAGAGCGCAGACAGCAUCGAGAUCUACAUCCCCGAGGCGCAGACCCGGCUGUGA